AUGGCACCGCCAGCUGUAGCGACGGCCGCAGACGCCGAAGCAGUGUCGACUCCACCGGCCACAGAUGCACCGUCUGUAGCCGGCAAGGCGUUGGACCCGGCGGCCGUGCCGCCAGCCAAUAUCCGGUCCUUCAAGGCGUCUGAGCUGCCCCUGUCGUCUGCUGUGCGGUCUGCUAUCGAAGGACUUGCACAUACGUUCAAGAAGAAGGGCGGUUACGAUACCAUCCGCAAGCAGGCAUGGGACAAAUUUGAAGCGAGUGGCUACGAAGAACAGGUCACCAAAUCCAUCCUCGAGGUCGCCGGCCAAGAGGUCGAACGCAACCCUUCCCAGCUGUUGUCCAUCGACCGACGCAAGGCGGCUGCUCUCAUUGACGGCGCUCUCGACCGCGGCGGCAUCUACCAGCAGGCCCAGUCCGUCAUCGAAGCCCUGAUCGACUCGAGUGCCAUUGAGGCCCACAUCCGCGAGAUCCGCCGUGCCGAGAUCGGUGAUGUUGCUGCCGACGAGGAGCAGGCUCGCGGCUCCAAGACAGACGAAGAGUACGCUGCCGACACGGCCGCCCGCCGCGCCGAGCGGGAACGUGUGCGCCAGGAGCUGCGUGAAGUCGAAGAGCAAAAACGGCGCCUCGAGCGCGAGAUUCGCGAUAAGGAGGAGGCGAGACGCCGUGAAGAAGAGCGGGAGGCCCGUGAGGCCCGUCGCAAGGAAGAGCGCGAGAAGGAAGAGCGCCGGGAACGCGAGAGAGACGAGCGUCGCCGCGAGCGGGAGCUGGAACGGGAGCGCGAGCGUGAAGAGCGUGAACGUGACCGGGAACGAGACCGUGAGCGCCGGCAAAGAGAUCGUGACAGAGGCCGCGAUCGAAGUCGGAGCCGCAGUCGCGAUCGAAGCCGCAACCGGAGCCGUGACCGGCGUGAUCGUAGCAGAGACCGCCGCGACCGUAGUCGCCGCCGCGACUGGGACCGUGACCGGCGUGACCGAGACAGGUCGCCAGAGAGCAGGCGCCACCGUGAUUCGCGCGAUCGCGACACCCGGCGCGAAGGUGGCCGCGAGCAGCCCGAAGAGGUCAAGAAACAACUUUCGGACGAGGAGCUGCAGCGGCUGGAAGAACUGGCGAUGCUGGACCUUCUGCGUGAGAGCAAGUCGUCUCAGGCAGCACGCCAGCCGGAGCUUGAAGUGGACGAGACCCUGGCACCGCCACCGCGAAAGAGCAUGCCCGCAUCUGCCAUUCAGCCAAUCCCCAAGCGGGGGUCUUCAUCCAAGACCGCUUCCGAUAGCAAGCGGCCACCACGGCAAACGUCCCCACUACCGACCAAAACUGCGGCCGCCACAGCUGAAACUGCCCCUGCAGCACCAAUGAAACUCGAAGUUAAAAUCACGAGCAAGCCGGACGGUCGAAAGGAGUCUGUUCCGGUUAUCAAGAUCCAACACGACGCCAAGGAUCUCGAUGCCGUUCCUGCAGCUGGAGAAGAGUCUGCCAGCGACGCAAAAAUCACCAUGGACGAAGACACGAACACUACGAAAGACUCUCUCGACACACGCAAAGCUACACCAAAGAUGUCUCCGAGAGAUGCCACGCCCAUUUCCAGCAAGGCCACACCCAAGGCCACACCUAAGGAAGAGUCCAAGGAAGAGCCCGAGGUAGAGCCGGAGGAAAAGGCAACGCCUGUGGACGAGGCUGCCGCCGCCCCGAGCCGGAAACGACCUCGCAGUGUCUCCUUGUCGGCUCGAGACCGGGAUACGAAUCGGCGCAGUCGCAGUCCCGAUCGCAAGCGCGGCCAGCGGUCCGAGUCACGCCGCGAGAAGGAGAGGGACGAUAGGAGCCGUUCACGAACACGGCGGCGUGAACUGCGCAAAUCCAGCCCACAGCCGAAAGACAAGGAGAAGGAGAAGGAGAGAGAAGCAGACGAUGGGGACGCAUCGGUUCGGCGGGCUAGAUCCACGUCUCGCCGUCGCAGAGAAACCUAUCGUGACCGUGAUCGUGAUCGCGAGCGGAGCCGCAGCGAUUCGAGAACGAGACGCAGGGACAGGGACCAGCCUCGGGGUAGGAGCCGGGCGUGGUCGCGGUCGCGGUCGCGGUCGCGAUCUCGGUCUCGGUCUCGCUUGGCAUCGCGUAGGUCGCGGUCGGCUCGACCCAGACGGCAGGACGAUCGAGAUGUCUCCCGACGGCGUUCGCGGUCUCGGCAGCGGUCCCGGCCGCGAGCGUACCGGGAUAGGAGCAGGUCGCGCCGGCCGGUCGAUCGUCGCCGCAGUCGGUCUGUGUCGCGGACGCGCACGACAACGGCUGCACCCAACGCCGGUGCCACUACCACUACCACUACCACCACGGCUGGACGCGCUAGCGACUCGAGAGCGCGCGACCGUCGCAGUCGCAGUCGCAGUCGCACGCCGCUGGGCGCGUCGUCAACGCUUGUGCGUCCGCCGAGUAUUCUCGACAAAGAAGAGCUGGAGGCGUGGAAGCGCAGCGAGGUAAAAAAGCGCGAGCAGGAGGCGAAGGCUUAUUUGGCGGCGCAACGCGAAGCACGGGAAAAAGGCCUCCCUGUGCCGGGAGUCGACGACAAGCGCAGCGCAGGCGACCGGUCGCCAGACGCUAAGCGCAAGUACGAGCCCGAUGAGAUCGACCGGUAUGUGCCGAAAGAGCGGCGCCACAUUGACCGUGCCGUCUCGGGAGCAGGUGCCGUCCACGACCGACGAGAUAGGGAUAGAGUUAGGGAUAGGGAUCGGGAUCGAGAUCGGGAUCGUGGCCGGGACCGGGACGACCGACGCGACUCGCGGGAUUAUCGUUCUCGUGAUGACCGUGGUGGCAGCCGUUCGCGCAGCCGCAGUCCUCGCCGUGAUUUCCGGGAUCGAGACCGCGAUCGCGAUCGCGAUCGUGACCGUUACACCUCUCGCCGCGAUCGGAGCCGCAGCCGCGACAGAGAUCGGGAUAGAGACCGAGAUCGGGACCGGGACCGGGACCGGGACAGAGACAGAGACAGAGACAGAGACCGUGACCGUGAUCGGGACCGUGAUCGCCGGCAUGACCGCAGUCGUAGCCGCAGCCGUCGGCGUCGUAGUAGAAGCCGCUGA